CUUUUUUUUCUUUUUUUUUUUUUUUUUUGUUAUUAUAUUUUUUUGAUUGUAAAUUACAUUGUCAAUAAAAUGGGACAAUUUAAAAAAGAAAAGCAAAGAAUUGCUCGUGACAAGUCAGGAGGCGAUGAUCGUGCAAAGAACAUGAGAGUCAAGGGCGAAAACUUUUAUAGAGAUGCUAAAAAGAUCAAAUACAUCAACAUGUUGAAAGGUGGCAAAGCCAUUAGAAAUUCUCAAGGUAAAAUCGUCAAGGCUGCCGAUUUUCAGAGUACAGAAGUUAAAACAGCUAGAAUCGCUCCCAACAGAAAAUGGUUUGGCAAUACAAGAGUAAUUGGACAAAAAGCACUUGAAGAUUUUCGUGAAUCUCUUGCAGCCAAGGUUGAUGAUCCUUAUCAGGUUUUAUUAAAACAAAAUAAGCUACCAAUGUCACUCUUGCAAGAUUCAACUAAACAUACCCGUAUGCAUAUUUUGGAAACGGAUAGUUUUAGCAAUACCUUCGGUGCUAAAGCUCAAAGAAAGAAGCCCAAGUUGGCAGUGGGUUCAAUGGAAGAAUGGAUAUCUAAAAUUGAUGAUAUUCAUGAAUCUUAUAAAGCUGAAAAAGACUCUAGUCUUUUAGCUAAUAAAGAAUCCGAUUAUUCUGAGGCUGGACGUGCUUGGUAUCUUCAGGCUGGUCAAUCUAAGCGUAUUUGGAAUGAAUUAUAUAAGGUUAUUGAUUCAUCUGAUGUUAUUAUUCAUGUUCUUGAUGCUCGCGAUCCUAUCGGCACCCGUUGUAAAAAUAUUGAAAAGUUCAUUAAAAAGGAAAAACCUCAUAAGCAAUUGAUAUUUGUUUUAAACAAAUGUGAUCUUGUUCCUACUUGGUCUACUGCUCGUUGGGUUUCACAUCUUUCUAAAAGCGCUCCUACGCUUGCUUUCCAUGCUUCAAUUAAUAAUUCCUUCGGUAAAGGUUCUCUUAUUCAACUUUUACGUCAAUUCUCUUCUUUGCAUAGCGAUAAAAAACAAAUUUCAGUUGGUUUUAUCGGUUACCCUAAUACUGGUAAAUCUUCUAUCAUUAACACACUUAAGGCUAAAAAGGUAUGUUCCGUUGCUCCUAUCCCUGGUGAAACUAAGGUCUGGCAAUAUAUUACUUUAAUGAAACGUAUCUAUCUUAUUGAUUGUCCUGGUGUUGUCCCACCUAACGCAGAUGAUGGUGAAGUAGAUAUUAUCUUAAAGGGUUCAGUUCGUGUUGAAAAGAUGGAUAAUCCUGAAGAUACCAUCCCUACUAUUUUGGAGCGUGUUCGACAUGAAUAUCUCAAGAGAACGUAUGGAAUUCAAAGUUGGACUGAUCAUACAGACUUCCUUGAACAAAUUGCCAGAAAGACAGGUAAAUUACUUAAAAAGGGUGAGCCUGAUGUGCAUAAUGUUUCUAUCAUGGUCCUUAAUGAUUGGCUUCGUGGUCGUAUCCCUUAUUAUGUUCCUCCUCCAGAAUCAGUUGAACCUCUUGCAACAGAACAAAAUGAUGAAAAGAAAAAGAAACUUGGUGUUGAACAAGUGUUCUCUAAGAUUAACGUUAUUAGUGAUUACAUGGAAGAUGAUUUAGCAAAUAAUGCUCAAUUAAUUGCUGAUGAACGUGCGAAAGCAAAAGCUAAAAAGGCUGAAGAAGCAGCACGUCUUGCUGAAGAAGAAAAUAAUACCAAAUCUACUAUUAGUGAUGAAAUUACUGAUUGGGAUGAAGUCUUUGAGAAUGUUGUGGGUGAAGAAGGUCCUAUAGUGAAAGCUCCUAUUAUUGAAGGUGAAGAAGAAAUCGAUAGUGAGCUUGAAAUGAGCAAUGAAGAAGAAGAAGAAGAAGAAGAGGAGGAGGAAGAAUUGGAAGAGCAGCCUGUAAAGAAAACUAAAGUUAAUAAUAAUGAGGAACAAGUUGAUAGAAAGAAGAAGAAGGUUGGUGUUCAUUACUAUGAGACUGCUAAUGUUAAGAAUAAGAACCGCAAUAAAGUUAAGCCAGAUGAUAUCAAAAAGAAGGUUCUUCAUUCUCGUUUAAAGGGUUCAGCUGUUUCUGGUAAAAAGCGCAAGAGAAAUUAAAUUUAUUUGUAUUUUUAAAUAUAUUAUUGUUUUGCAAGAAUAUCGUUGUGUGUAAAGUUUUAAUUAAUAAUAAAAAAUUAGAGAUCAUAAAUUGCAUGU